CACGUCCGGCCCCGCCCCGGCCGGCUUGCGGACGGCGGCCGGGAGGCCGUGCCGCCACCGGCGCGCAGGGCGAUGCAGCUGCCGCCCGCCCUGCACGCCCGCCUGGCGGGAGCCCCUGGGGCGGCCGCGCCGCUGCCCGUGCAGCGGGACCACCUGGCCGGGAACGCGCCCUUCCGCUUCGCGGCGCGCCAGGUGCGCUUCCCGCGGGAGCACGAAUUCUUCGAGGACGGGGACGUGCAGAGGCACCUCUACCUCCAGGAUGUGAUUACGCAGGUGGCUGCGGAGCCGGAGAGGCCCAGGGUGCCCGAGUUCACCUGUCAGGUGGCUGGCUGCUGCCAGGCGUUUGACGCCCUGGAGGACUAUGAGCACCACUACCACACCCUGCACGGAAACGUCUGCUCCUCCUGUAAGCGGGCCUUCCCCUCUGGGCACCUGCUGGACACCCACAUCCUGGAGUGGCACGACUCGCUGUUCCAGAUCCUGGCCGAGCGGCAGGACAUGUACCAGUGCCUAGUGGAGGGCUGCGCGGAGAAGUUCAGGACCGGCAGAGACCGGAAGGAGCACCUGGUGACGCACCACCUCUACCCUGCAGACUUCCGCUUUGACAAGCCGAGGAAGGGCGGAGGGUAUGUGGCGGGGCUCGCGGAGGCCGCCUCCUGGGCUCAGCAGGCCCGAGAGUGUGCAGACUCCUGUCACCUAACGUCACGCCCAGCCUCGCAGGUGUCGACAGAAGCCCCAGGGGAGGACCAGGCACCCCCUGAAGGAGAUGCCAUGGAAGUCUGCUCUGAACACGCAGAGGCCCACCCGGAACCUCCAAGAGAGAGGCGGGUCUACGGCCACAGGAUACCGUCAACCAUCUGUUUCGGGCAGGGUGCCUCUCGAGGAUUUAAAAGCACCAAGAAGAAAAGCAAGCGCCUGUGACGGUGGAGCCCGCCCACUGCCCUGCUCGUCCCAGGCCGUGAAUAGCCAGCUGACCGAGGCCGUGGGGGAUGCGUGGGAUCUGGAAAGGGAUCCCUUGUGGGUGACUGGGGUGCGGGGAGCAGCCACCACCGCUCACAACGCCCUUUGGAGACACAUGGGGUAAACGGUUUUCCUUAGUGAGACGUGUGGAGUAAAGGGUCUUCGUUUACGUGGAGUAAACGGUUGUCCUUCUAUGCUGGGUGACAGUGAGGAUUUCGUCCUCGGCCACUUCUCAGAGGGGGCGAUGGGCUGACAGGUCCCUGGGGGGCUCUUCCUAGUUUUGGGGGGAUGCCCGCGGCCCUGGUGCCUGCGCUCGGGGGAGACUUCGGCCUUGGGAGGGGCUGCAAGGCCUGUGGAGCCAGAGGGACGUGGUGGGGCGGGUGGUCGGCUUGGCCCCGGUUUGGCGAUUCAGGCCUGCCCUGCUGGGCUUGGGACCGGGGACCCACCGGCUGGCUGUCCUCUGGGGCCUGUCCCCUGAGGGGCCCGUUUGGCCCUUCUCGCUGGGCACUUGGGCCUGGUCUCUGGUCCCUCUGCACCCCGCGCAGAGCCCUGCUGCCCCAGCAGCGCCGUGCUCGUCAGCCCGAAGGUGGCCUCUCUCCUCCGUGCUUUGCUGUGGCUUCACUAGUGCUUCCAGCAAAGGCGCUCGUCACCCUGUCUGCUCCACGGAGGGUGCUCUGAACCUGGGCUUUUCUCUCUUCAGAUGGCACCUCUACCCCAUUCUCUGUUCCUGCUCCUUCUAAAACCCCAGAAACAUGCAUCAGACACCCUCACUCUGCCUUCUAACACCCCUUCCCUAUUUCCUGUCCCUUAUCUGUCUUUGCUGCAUUUUGGGUAAUUGCUCAAGAUCCAUUUUUCAGUUCACUAAUUUCCUUAUCAGCUGUUAUCAGAUGUGUUGUUGAACUCAUUCACAGUGUUUAAUUUCCAAAGUUAUGAUUUUCAGUUCUUUUAAGUGCUAUGUUGUUUUUCUAAUUUGCUGGACUUUUAUAGCUUUUGUUAAUCUUAUCUUCAACUCAUUCUUUUUAAACAUAUUGAACUUAUUGUACAUUCUCUGACUGAUAGCACCAGUAUCUGAAGUCGUGGGUCUGACCCCUCCAUCCUUCUUUCUGCCGCCUCACUCAUGCUGCCUAGUUUCCUGGGGAAUUUUAUGAGUUUUGGCUGUGAGUUUGUAUUUCUUGGAAUUUACCACUGGAGUUUCUCUGACAUGUCUAGGUUCUAGCUGAAAAAAUGAAUAUUUGUUUCUGCUAUAUGACUGCAGAUCUAUGAUCUAGGACCACUUUAAAAUAAAUUCUUAGAAAAAUA